UGAGCGGGCGUGCGGGAGGGAAGCGCCAGCCGGGGCGAAGCAAACGGCGGGAGCAGCGGCGGCGGGAGCAGCAGCAUGGCCGCUCUCUACGGGGGUGUGGAGGGGGGAGGCACACGGUCCAAGGUCCUUUUACUCUCAGAGGAUGGACAGAUCCUGGCAGAAGCGGAUGGACUCAGCACAAACCACUGGCUGAUCGGGACAGACAAGUGUUUGGAGAGGAUCAACGAGAUGGUGAACAGGGCCAAACGGAAAGCAGGGGUGGAUCCUCUGGUACCUCUACGGAGCUUGGGCCUCUCCCUGAGCGGUGGGGAGCAGGAGGAUGCGGUGAGGAUCCUGAUGGAGGAGCUGAGGGACCGAUUUCCCUACCUGAGUGAAAGCUACUUAAUCACCACCGACGCCGCCGGCUCCAUCGCCACAGCUACGCCGGAUGGUGGGAUCGUGCUCAUCUCUGGGACAGGCUCCAACUGCAGGCUCAUCAACCCUGAUGGCUCUGAGAGCGGCUGUGGUGGCUGGGGCCACAUGAUGGGGGACGAGGGCUCAGCCUACUGGAUUGCACACCAAGCAGUGAAAAUUGUGUUUGACUCCAUUGACAACCUCGAGGCGGCUCCUCAUGACAUUGGCUUCGUCAAACAGGCCAUGUUCAACUAUUUUCAGGUACCAGAUCGGCUAGGAAUCCUCAGCCACCUUUAUAGGGAUUUUGAUAAAUGCAGGUUUGCUGGGUUCUGCCGGAAAAUUGCAGAAGGUGCCCAGCAGGGAGAUCCCCUUUCCCGUUAUAUCUUCAGGAAGGCUGGGGAGAUGCUGGGCAGGCACGUUGUGGCAGUGUUGCCUGAGAUUGACCCGGUCUUGUUCCAAGGGGAGAUUGGCCUCCCCAUCCUGUGUGUGGGCUCUGUGUGGAAGAGCUGGGAGCUGCUGAAGGAAGGUUUCCUUUUGGCGCUGACCCAGGGCAGAGAGAUCCAGGCCCAGAGCUCCUUCUCUAGCUUCACCCUGAUGAAGCUGCGGCACUCCUCCGCCCUGGGCGGGGCCAGCCUAGGGGCCAGGCACAUUGGGCACCUCCUCCCCAUGGACUACAGCACGAAUGCCGUUGCCUUCUACUCCUACACCUUCUCCUAGGGGGCUGGCCUUGGCUCCACCCCCUCCAAGCCCAGUGGACAUUGGGGGCUGGAAGGAGGAGGCUUUUUCUCCUUUUCCUUUUUUAAAAAAAAAAAACACAUAUAGAAGAAAAUAAACGCACUUUACCCACUCCCCA